AUGGAAGACUUAUCCUCCCCCGUCAGCAUCACCUCUUCCACCGCGACCGCCCCGUCUUCGGCUUCAAAGGUCACUUACACUACGGCUGGCACCCCGUACAACCCUAGUACUUCUCAGCCACUGCAACCACCUGCCCGACGAGGUCGCUUCCUCAAGUGGCCCGCCAGUCUUCCUGCGGCGGGACUGUCCCUCCUGCCCAAAUCCGUCCUUGCAACGUUGCCUAUCAAGACUACUCGCUCUUCAUCUCUUCAGCAGUAUAGCCCCCAAGCACAAUACGACGGACCGUCCAGCCCCCUGACUGAUACCGACCACGGAUGUGUCAACAUGUCUGCCCAAGUUCCCCGACUUGGAUCUUCAGCAACGCCGUCGCCACUUGCCUCUCUCUUCUCAGAGAUCGAACAGGAUACUUUCACUGAUGCUGACCCAAGCGACGAGAGCGACGAUGACCGCGAGCCUGGCAUGGACCCGCUGCUGAAUAUGACGGUGAAGUCUCUUCACAAUCUGGCUUCUUACCCGAAUCCGAACCAGAAGAAAGCUCAAAGGACCCUUCUACGAGGAAUCAAGCCGGCUCUGAGCUUGAAGUCAGCGACUCGCAGUGACGAGCCAUGCUAUCCACGCAGCGGCUCCCCUAGCCUUCCAAAGACACUCAAGUACAGCACUGAUCCACUCGGCACCUUGCAGCCACCUCGAAGAGAGGCCACCCUCUUUGGGAGGUCCGCUGAGGAUGCGAUCUGGAACAGCCGCGACGAUAGGUCGCCUAGCAUCCACCCUGUGACCUUGGAGAGCUUUGAUCGCGCAGUCGGUAGCAAUCCUACCCUCGCUGCCAACACCAUUGGUUCAGCUACUCGUGUUACCUCAUCAGGCGCACCACUGCCUCUGACUGCUGGACCGCCAGGCCAAAGACAGUACCGCCCAUCAACCUUUGAAUCUACCUUCAAAGCACUGCACACUGGUACACCAACUCAAGACUCCAGCCAAGAAGACGAUGACGAUGUUCUCAUCAUCACUCGGCAGACUCUACGACAAGCAGGUGUCAAUGCUAUGAGCCUGGAGCAGAACUCACAUUCUCUCAAGACGAUGCCUCCACUGGUAUCCAAGACCCCACUGCCCACAUCAACAGCCGCUGUAGACUUUACUGAGAACUCGGACAUCAACGCCAGCGCUCGAGCCAGCGAAUUAAUUAGCUACCUCACACAGGAACAACUGCAUCCCUCAAAUGUGACACCCUCGUGGGCCUGGGGGUCUACUGUGGCCCCUGACUGCUGGGCGUCAUCGCGAAAGCAGAGUCAGCACCAGUAUGCUCAAGGACCUCGAAUCCGGAAUGCAGAGGACAUCAAGGCCCGCAGCGAAGAUGUCAACCGUGCUUGGUACGCAGGAGCUGAUUUUCUCCUGGCAUCAUCCGAGGAGAUUGCCAUGCAAAUCCAACCACCCACGGGCAAAGGGGGUUUUGGCGCAAUUGGAGAUGGGCGCCCUUCCAAAAAAGGUGAUUAUCACUACCCGAUGAGUAUCAAUCAUGCCAACCGCAUGACAGUAGCGGAACAUGCUCGACCACUGUUCAGCAUGGCGCAUGCGAACGUACAGCAGUUCAUCGGAGAGGAGUGGCAGAAGAACAACGCAGGCCAUACUCCACCAGUUCAGGCUACCAAGUAG